AUGUCUGAACCCAACCCGGACAGCGAGAGGGAAGAACGCACUGAAGAAGAGACGAAAAGGGCGGAGGUGGAGAAGCCUGCCGCAGACUCCAAGGAGGAGAAAGAGACCAAGGGGGAUGCUGCUCCGCCCGCCAAGAAGGCUAACGCCGAACCGGCCAGGACGCGUCCCCAGCGUAAGACCAAGUCAGCGGGUGCGCGUCGCGUGCGCAUCCUGGCGGCGACCGCCAAGGAGGGCGAGGCCCUUCUCAGGGAACUCGGCCACAAGGACAGCAGCGUCCCAGACAGUGGCUGCAGGCGCACACGCUCGCAGACGCGGUGCAUCACGGAUGCUCCCGCUGCACGGCAGUCUGCACGGAAGACACCUGCCAAGCCAGCACGCGGUGCCAAGAAGGGUGCGGCCUCCAAGCGCAGUAAGAAGGAAGAGAGUGAGGAGGACGAUAAAGAAGAGGCAGCCUCUGCUGAGGAGGCCUUGACGACAGCCGUCUACGAGGACGGGUCAGCAGGCAGCAUAAAGGACGAGGACAAGGUGAAUAACGACGAGGAUGCAGGCGAGGCACGGCAAGAAGAUUCUGAGGAUGCCAACGCCGAUCGCAAGGAGGAACCGGAGGUCAGCAACACGCAAUAUGAGCCAAGCACAGACAGUGGCAGCAAGGCGACUGCCACGACGACCGCUGACCCGAAAGUGGUAGCGGAGUCUCCAGUUGCCACGGACAACUGCGGGAGCUUGGUGACGUGGUGGACGACCCGUGCCGGCGUGUGGUCGUGUACGACACGUGCUGCCCGCCGUGGCCAAGGGUAG